GACGGGUUAACAACAAUGCUUUUUGCGAUCGUGACUUUAAAAAAUUUCACAUCGUCGAUCCCUCUCGGCAAGAGAAUAGGUCGUGAGACAUUUUUAGUCGUCACAAAGAUGGAUUCAUAUAGUUUAUACGAUAAUA